AUGGCAGGUGGGCAGGAGCCAAGGGCUGUGCAGAAGCAUGUCUCAUUUGGGACAACUCAGGAAAGGAGGAUGUUCCCCUACUACUUCGCCCCAGACAGGCUGGGGAUUGAGGUGAUGGCUGUCGGGGGAAACCCUCUGGUUGGGCCAGGCUGUUACCUGGGCCAGGAGACACCCAUCCUGAAAUCCUCUCUGAGCACCAGGCCCAUGAGCAGCAAGGGUUACGUGAUGGGAGCGAGGACAGGCCCGCGCUUCAUGCCCACCAGUCGGACGGUGACCCCUGGCCCCGCAGCGUACGAGCCCUUCUGGAUGGAAAAGAGGAAGUGCCAGCCUGCCCAUGCCCCCUUUUCCUCCAGCACACCACGAUUUCCAUCCAGGCCUCCAGACAGAGAACUGUUCCCUGGACCUGGAACUUACAACGUGGAGCAGCCACUGAACAAAAAAGUCACUUGGCCGAUGAGGUUUGGGUCUCCAGACUGGUCUUCAGUGCCCAAGCCACCAAAGAAGAUGGUAAAAAGGGAGGUGCAGGAGAUGACCAUAGACAAAGAAUCCAAGAAGCACCAGGGGCGACUGGCCUACCUGAAGCUGCACUUUGGCUGA